AUGUCGGACACAUUAGUAAUCGAAAUAAGAAGCCAGCUUUUGCAUUUGCUAUGUGAACUAGCGUCCACUGUAAAAUAAAUGUAGCCCGCAAACGCGAAAGAAGUGAUAAAAUCCACUCUUGAGUCUAUAAAAGCUCAUGUCUUAAGCUAUUCUUCGAUUACUGUAUUUUUUAUUCAGAAUUCAAAAAUCUUAGGACUAGAUUCCACACAAAUAGCUAAAAUUAUUCUGAAAUUGCAUCAAAUCCUAAUGGAGGUAUCUUCAGAAUUCCACCUUCUUGUAUCAAAUAAUUCAUAUGAAGCCCAUGCAUUGUAUAGGGCCUUCCUAUAGAUGGCGCGCAAUGCGCCAUCACCGAGCCAUGUCGGGAGAGGGUUCCACACGAGGAAUGGUUCUACGUGUGGAACCCUCUUUUUGACCUGUGAGAAAACUACUUUCCACGAGCCAAAAAGAGGGUUCCACACGUAGAACCUUUCCCUCGUGUGGAACCCUCUCCCGACAUGGCCCGGUGAUGGCGCAUUGCGCGCCCAUCUAUAGGAAGGCCCUAUAUAAAAUUUUAGAAGGAAUUAAUGCUGGAUCUUUAGUAAAGACAGAAAGCAGCUUUAGAGUUCACGUCACAGAUGGAGUUACGUCAGUAAUGGGAACAGAAAUUUUUAUCAACAAAGAGCUGAUGCUUUUGGCAGUGUCAGCCAGAGGCUCGUUUAAUCCCUAUAUAAAUGCAAUUGCAGCUAAACUCUUAGAAGAUGUAGGAUUUCCUAUAAGGCCGAUGCAAAGCUUGGACGAGUUAUGCCACACUGCAUUUAGAUUAUUUGAAGACUCUGGAACCCACUUUCUUGAUAAACAAAAAUAUGAAAAAUAUUUAGAUAUUUUCGUUUGGGGGAAACCUGGCAAAAUUGCAGACGCUCUCAACGAAUUAACUACAGAUUUAUGGUUUUCUGUCUUAAAAAACAAUAAAGAAAGUUUAUCAUAUAUUGAACAGCUUCUGGUCGGCCUCUUGGGCCACGCUGAUUCUAGAUCUCGAGAUCUAGCAGUAAUGCAUUUAAACGCCUUUUACGAUGACACUGACUGGCAGUUGCUUCAGCCUUUUAACGUAAAAAUAAGAACAAUUGGUAAGUAGAAGUUAUAGAUUAUGCUUGCCAUAAGUGGGUAAACCCACUGCCCGUCGCCCAUCUUGUCUCUAAAAGGUCGCCUUCUGGAUUUUUAACCUAAACCACUUAUCCAAGGAAUUAGCUCCCUAAGUAGAGUUAUCGUCUGUAGAGUGUCCCAAUGAUCCCGAUGUGAGAAAACUGUGUGGUAGGCAGAACUUCGGGGGAGAAACAAAACUUCCCUCUUUGGCAAGGCAUCUCAAAAUCUGAGGGCCUGCUUCAAAAAAGGGAUAGAAACCCUAUUUCAGCUUCAUCAGGAUGGAUCCUAUCUGCUCCACAAGAGUGACUAGGAGAUCAAUUUCUGUCAAUGCCACUAUUUUAUUUCUACAAUUAGUAAGGAAUUCGUUAUAAGAGAAAUGGCAGAGUUAGAAGAUGUUGACCUAAAAAAUAUUUUUAUGGAGCUCCAUGCUCCUGGGUUUCAUAAUGAUUCUAAGAAUUACGUUCUUUCUUAUCAUGUCCCUGAAAUUAGAGAAACCAGCUCAGGGGUGUUUUUGAAAGUCGAUUUAGGCACCUUUACGAGAUGCGGAUUUUAUGACUGAAGAUUCAGCCAAGUUAAAGAUGGGACUUUGCAGCCAAUUAUGUCCAGUUUUGAUAAAAUGAACAGUGAUGUGAACCUUAAUCCUAUACAAGGAAGGUUUAUUGUGCAUCCAGGGGAUGUAAAAGAUUUGCAGAUCCAUGAGAUUUUUAUUGAUUUUCAGGAUGCUCAGUUUGACACAAAUACUGGGAAGAUCAUAGAAAGAGGUACCUUUGAGUCAGUUACGAAUAGUCUAAGAGAAAGAUAUUCCAAUGGAAUUAAUUGCUGCUAUUUGAUGGGAGCAUUAGAAAGAGAUACAGGCACAGAUCUGCAGAAUCCCAAUGCAUCUCCAUUAGCGCUGACAUGCAGGGCUACAGCUUGCAGCUUAUUGGGUGGCGCACCAGAGUUUAAAAAUUUAAUGUCUGAGGCAAAAGACGUCGGAAUGAGGAUCCUUGUUGAUUGUGUAGCUAGGAUAAGUUCAAAAAAUUACCAUAGGAGGUACAAAAAUAAGUCGCUUUACACCAGAAAUUCAGAAGGGCUACCUGUUGUCUGUCAUGGAUCUGAGGGCAGAGCUUUAAAGUUCGAGGACUCAAUGAUGCUGAAUUAUCGAAAAUCUGAGGUGUGAAAUUUAUUAAUAAGUGAUAUUCUCACCUUUGCUAAAAAUUAUAAAAUUGAUGGAAUUCAUAUGGAUAAUGCUCAAGCCUGGCCGCAAAUUAUGGAGCUCGAUGCUGGCGAAAUGUAUAGAAAAGAUACAGAUGGCCAGCCUCACUAUACGACUCAAGAAAUUUUUGAUGGCCUCGUAGUAAAGCGUAAUGAAAACUAUGCAUAUUGGGCCAGCUUAUUAAGAGAUAAAUACCCAAAUCCUAUUUUUGUAAAAAUUUGUAAAGAGUUAUGGAGGGAAUUCCCAGAGUUUUAUAUAAUUGCAGACUGCUGGAAAGGCGACGGAAUGGAAGAAAGAGAUAAGUGCAUCAUUUCUUCAGGACCAAUUCCUAGACUUUAUGAUCUUCCUGUCAAGCUUGCUGCUCUUUUUGGCAAAAAACUCCACAAGAAUGGCUCUUUUGAAGAAACCGAAAAAAAAGACGUCAGCAUUAUGAGGACUUGACAUGAAGACAUGCUUCGAAAAAUGCCUGAAGGUGCAAUUGUUGUCCAAAGCUCCACAGGCCACUCAUUACCGUAUCCAGCUUUGCUUUAUGGCCGAGGUGCAUGAGCAGCAGUGGAUGUCCUAUUUUUUAUGAACUACGUUCCUAUGAGUUUUAUAGGCGAGCAAGAUGGCCAUGCAUAUAGAUCGAAAAUUGGUAGUCUUUAUGACUUUGAAGAAAGCGCACCUAUUAACAUUGCCAGUCGGCUUUCGGGGUCUGAUUUAACUGAACUAGAUAUUCCAAGCAUGAGGCCUUCAGGAAUUCCAAGAAUUGAAUCCGCUGCAUCUUUAUCUGUAAUCCCAGACAUAAAUGAGCUGAAACGAAAAGAAGAAAAAUACCAAAAAGAACUAGGACCUGAGUUCGGGUUUGACUUGAAAAAAAUAAAGCUUCACUAUAUUCAUAGAAGAGGACUGAGGCAUGAAAAAGAUGUAUUAAAGUAUGGAGAAUUAAUACCAGUUGUAAUGAGACAUGAGCAUGGCUGGCAUAAACAAGUUUUGGCGUUUGCAAGAUGCCUGCCUGAAGAAAUCGCUAUUAUUGCAAUCAAUUUAAACGAGCAUCCCGUCAAAGGCUGGCUGGAUUUGAAAAGCUUAACAUCUUAUUUAGAAAAAGAUGGAGGGGUUGUCUAUAGCAUUGGGGAUUGGGAUAAUCCAGAAACUGGCGAUUUUUAUUUUAAAGAAGAGCUUCUUAUGGAUCAGCAUUAUGUUUCGAUACUUCCAUAUAGAUCAGUUAUAAAAGGAAUUUAUCAAAGCGAGGUGCCAUCUGAUAUUGCCCUAGAAAGAUCAAUAGAAAGACUCAAAGAAAAGCUAUCAUCAGGCCAGCCAAUUGACGGGAAUUUUUCUGUUAUUAAUCUAAAUGGCUAGGUACAGAAAGGAUUGUCUAGAAAACCCUUCCUCCUCCGAGAUAUCUAUUACUAUGGAGUUCAGUUUUCCAAGUGGACCUUUAUCAGCAAUGUCAAUCUGGAAUUACUGCAUAAAGAGCUCAGUGGCUCAACACCUAGGAGAUGACCCUUAGGCAGAAAACACGCUGAAGUCAGGCUCAGGCGAGGCCAAACGCGGCCCAUAAAGAAUUCCUUGCCUUUAUGGUGUUCCUUCUGAGAAUUUAAAAGAUGUUCCUAUGCAAGCCAGAAUCAUCCUGCUGAGGGAAGAAACAAGUAAAAAUCUAAGUAAUUAAGUAAGUUAUUAAUCUUAUAAAGCUUUUAGAUGAUGGCGACCCUCAGCACGCUUACAAAGAAUUUGCAAACACUAUAGGGAAUAUUUAUAAGAAUUUUUUGAAGGUCCAUAAUGUUUCCCCUUUAUCAUUUGCAAAAAGAAUUUCAGUUCUUGAUGAAUAUAAAUCUGGAAAAAUACUAGGAUAUUGCGACUUUUUAAAUAGUAUUCAAGCCCCUCAAUGUCCACCCAAAGAAUUCGCUGAAAUUUUAAUUAAUGAAAACAAAAUCGGCCCAAUCGUUUUUACAUGCCCCGAACUCGGCAGAUUUUCAACAUCUGGUGGUCUCGGAAUUAUGGUUGAUGAACUAUCCCAAGGACUUUCACAAAUAGGUCAAGAAGUCUGAAUUAUAAGCCCUUAUUAUGACCGAAACAAAAAAGGUCACACAAACUAUUUAACAGGUGAUCCUGCAAAUAUUAAUUGGCAAACCAAUAUUGAUGUAAGUUUUGGAGGAGAGACAUAUACAUUAGGAAUUCACAGGGGCCACGAAAAUGGGGUCCACUUGAUUUUUAUUCAUAAUCCUUCGUUAUUCCCAACGAUCUAUUCUGAUGGGAGGCAUAGCUGGAUCAUGAAGCAAAUUGUAGGCUGGGCCAAAGGAGUUCUUGAAGUACUUUGUUGGCUAAAAGUGAUCCCAGCUAUUCUUGUGACAAAUGAUUGGUUCACUGGACUUGUUCCUGCUUAUGCCAAAAUUGGAGCUUUCGGAAGAACGUUCGAAGGGACGACUUUUGUUCAUGUUGUGCAUAACUUGGACGCAAGCUAUGAAGGAAGACUGUAUCCAACUGCCCAAGAGAAUUCGUUUAUAUCGAUUCAUGGGCUGCCUAAACAUUUUUUGGUUGAUCCGUAUUGAGCUAGAGAGGUUGUGAACCCUUCGAGGUGCGCUAUAAUGAUGUCUGACCAAUGGGCCACUGUUUCUCCGUCUUAUAGAAAUGAAUUGCUGGCAAAUUCUCCAUUAAAAGAAUUAUUAAAGCAAAAAUAUAUGCCAUUCGCUACGCCAAAUGGAAUUCCUGUUAAGCCAAGGCUGAAAAAACUUGAAGGAAAAGGAACACAUUUAGAUGCAAAAAAAGAACUGCAGAAAAAGUAUUUUGGGUUUCAAGAUAUAGACCCUAGCGUAUGCUUGUUUGGGUUUGUAGGAAGAAUUACUGAGCAAAAAGGCGUGCACUUAAUUAUUGAUGCAGCUCAGCAAUUAAUUCCACAAUAUAAUUAUAAAGUUCAGUUUUUAGUAGGCGGUCCAGCUAAUUACACCGAAAAGUACUCAGCUCAUAACGCAAAUCGCUUAAAAGAGCUCAAGUAUAGAUUUCCCAACAACUUUUUCGCUGAUCCAGAUAACUUUUUUUACGAUGGACCAUUUGUGAACUUAGGCUCAGAUUUUGGGCUAAUGCCAAGUAUGUUUGAGCCAGGAGGAAUCGUUCAGCAUGAAUUUUUCGUUGCAGGAACACCAGUCAUUGCCUUUAAAACUGGGGGGUUAAGAGACUCAAUCUCUGAAUGAAAUCCAAACAAUCAAAGUGGCUCUGGGUUUUUAUUUGAAUCCUACAAUCUUGGUGACUUUUUAUUUGCAAUCCACAGAGCGAUCACCUGCUUCCAUCAGCAGCAAAAUUAUCCAAUUUUACGAAUGAGAGCAGCAGAAGCUGUUAUUGAUGGAGAACAAGUCAGUAGAAACUGGUGCAGAGAAUUUUAUAGGCUUAAAGGAAAAAUAUAUUAUGAAUGCACUGUUAGGAGAACAAUAUACGAGCAUUUAGAUGGAAUGCCAUGGACUCAGGAUGAUUUUGAUAUUUCUGUGCCUCAAAAUCAGGUUAGGCAGAAAUCAAUUAAAAAGUCGCCUUCAGGAAUUUUGCUAGAAAAAGCUGCAAUGAAGAAGAAACCGAGGGCAGGAGAAGAGAUUAAAAAGCAUGUACUUUUCAGGUAUCAAGCACCAGGACAUAAGCUUAAAAGUGUUCAACUUUCAGGGUCAUUUGACAAAUGACAAAUUAGACAUCCUUUGGUAUAUGAUCAUGGCAAGAAUCAUUGACAUAUAACGCUACAGCUGCCAAAAGGGAAAUUCUUCUAUAAUGCUUUAGAAGAAUUUCUUAAAGGGCUUGAUUUGGUCAAACAUGAGCAAGUAAUUUAAAUUUAAACUUAAUAUUAAUAGAUCUUUAUUUCCUCAUUUGGAUUUGAGCAAAAAUUAAACAAGAUAUAUUUAUAAUAACUUAAAAAAUUAAAAUAUGAAAUUUUAUCAGAAAUCUCCAUUUAUAAAUUUGGCGAGCUAAAUUUAAUAAUCACAUGGCAAUUAUUUUAGUUCAAUAAAACAAAAACUUCAAAGUUAAUAAUUUAUCAAUCUAAGAUCUUUAUUUUAAAUAUUGGAAAGAAUGCAAGGCUUUGCAGUCAUUAUUUCUAACCAAAAUAUUCAAUUAAAUUAUAGCUUACAAUAGUUUUAAUAUUUUGAAUUAUUAAAGAAUUUAUCUCUGAUUUAAUGUAAAGAGCUUAUUAGCCAAAAUAAGUGCAUAACUCCCCCCCCCCCCCCUCCGUGAGCGAACAAAACCAUUAGAAAAAUCGCCAUUUUUUGACCAAAAACCCACCCUCCGUGAGUGAACAAAAAUUUUUUUAAUAGAAAAAUUUUAAUGGAAAAAAAUUUUGGAUAUAUAAGUGAUAAUUAGUAUAAUGAAAUCUAGAGCUAAUUCUGUUUAAUUUUAAAACAAAUUGCGUUUUAAAACAUAAAUUUUGCAAAUUAAAUUAAUAUUUGCUUCCCAAUUUUUGCAAAUUAGGAUUUUUUAAAUUUCGAAAAAAAUAUUUUUUAUAAAUUUAUAUAUAAAUUUUUUUUUAAAAAAAAAAUUAACCCCCCUCCGUGAGCGAACAAAAUUUUUUUGUUCGCUCACGGAGGGGGGGGGGGGGGAGUAAGAAAUUUUUAAACGGAGUAUAUAAGUUUGUUGUUGAUGGAAAUUUGUGGGUUCAUUCGCAUGAUCACCCAACAGCCAAAGAUGAAAAGGGAACAAUUAAUAAUGUUCUUGAAGUUCUUUAA